AUGGGUAAUAAGCAGACGAUAUUUACUGAUGAACAGCUAGACGCCUACCAGGACUGCACAUUUUUUACACGCAAAGAAAUCCUUCGGUUACAUGGAAGAUACCAUGAAUUGGCUCCACAUUUAGUUCCCAUGGAUUACACAAAUGAGCCUGAUGUUAAAGUCCCUUUAAGCCUCAUAGUCAAUAUGCCCGAGCUGAAGGAAAAUCCAUUCCGUGACAGGAUUGUGGAGUCCUUCUCCGAGGACGGCCUGGGGAACCUCAGCUUCAACGACUUUGUUGACAUGUUCUCAGUUCUGAGUGAAAUGGCCCCCCGAGAGCUAAAGGCCAUUUAUGCUUUUAAAAUAUAUGAUUUCAAUGUGGAUAAUUACAUCUGCAAGGAGGACCUUGAGAAGACUCUGAACAAGCUGACGAAGGAGGAGCUGACUCCCGAGGAGGUGGACUUGGUGUGUGAGAAGGCGAUUGAGGAGGCUGACCUGGAUGGAGACAGCAAGCUCUCCUUUUCUGACUUUGAAAACAUGAUUUCCAGGGCUCCUGACUUUUUAAGUACCUUCCAUAUACGAAUCUGAGAGGGCUUCUACUUCAUUGAUUCACUGGAGUCCCUGACCACAACUUGAAUCCUUCUUGA